AUGUUUGCAAAAUUUCAGCAAACGGUGCAAACUGCCAGAAAAAUAAACAGGGAGAUUAAAUUGAACAUCUUGAAUGAAAGAAAGAAGAAGCAGCCAAAAUGGCAGCAAAUCCUUGGCUUUAACUGCAAGCAACAAAAAUCAAGCGCACAUGAAACAUCGGGACAAUACCAAAAUCACUCAGAACAGUGGUGUAACCCUGCAACUAUUUUGGAAGCUUCACCUGGAGUCACCAUCCGCUGGGAGACUUCAGACGAUCUCCUGAUAGCAAGGAAAAGUUGUUUGAAAACUCACAAAAAGAAGAACCUGCAUGUAAGAUUUGCCAAGAAUCUUGAGCAGGUUAAGAUCAUCGAAAGAGACAACUGCUGGGAACCAUCCAUCGAUCAGCUGACAAGGAGGAAAAGUUGUUUGAAAACUCACAAAAAGAAGAACCUGCAUUUUCUGACGUGCCAAGUGAGUUUGGAGCGUUUCUUGGAAGUGAAAGACAUCACUAACAAACUGUACUCCCAGCUCAAUGUUGAAGAGUAUCAGUUGAAGCGAGAAAAAGAGAUAAUUAGUCAGCUGGAGGAAUACAAGCUACAGAUAGCUCCCUUUGUUAAGGCAAAAUCAGCGAUUGAGGAUCGCAUUCAUUCUCGUAACAAGCAGCUGAUGUACUUGGGUUCAACGCUGAUGGGAUUCCAGUUUGGCUUCUUCGCUCUUCUAACCUGGUUUGAAUACUCAUGGGACGUGAUGGAGCCAGUCACGUAUUUCGCGACUUAUGCAGCUGUGAUCGGCAUGUACGCGUACUUCGCUGUAACUGCACAGGAAUACAACUACGUGGAUGCUUGGGACCGGGAGUUUCUCAACAAGUUUUACAAGGUAGCUGAGAAGGAGGGAUUCAACAUCCCUGAAUAUAACCGCCUGACAAACCUUAUCGAUCAGUGCAAGUCCGACCUUCGACGUCUCAGGGACCCGCUACAGAUACAUAUUCCUAUACGAGAACUGUAG